ACUGUCCAGAUGACCUGGGACGCCAUGGGCUAUGCCUAUGGAUACCGCAUCUGGACCCGUAACAUUCAGAACGCUAGCGAUGUGUUGACCCCCGGGAUACUCUCAUCCACCGAGACCUGCGCUGGCGCUACUUACUUGUUUCCCGGAGCCUGGAACUACGAGUUCUGUGUGACGUCCUAUAAUGGCAACUACGAGUCGGUCUUAACCGGCUGCACAGUAGCGCCU